AUGAAGCUUACUGUUCUUUUUUGCCUUACUGCAUUUGUUCAUAUUGUCUUUUGCUACUCUCUAAAAACGGAAUACAGUGGUUCUAGUUUCUUUUCCAAGUUCAAUUAUUUUUCUGGCUCUGAUCCUACUCAUGGUUUUGUUCAAUAUCAAAAUGCUGUUAACGCCAAAUCAUUGGGCUUAACUUUUGUGAAAAACAAUCGUGUUAUUAUCAAGGCUGACAAUAAAACAGUGGCUGCUAAUGGACGUCCUUCUAUUCGCCUUGAGUCCAAGGAAACAUACCACAAAGGUCUUUUCAUUUUCGAUUUAAAUCACAUGCCUAGCGGUUGCGGUACUUGGCCAGCUUAUUGGAUGAUGGGUUCUUCCUGGCCUUUUGAUGGUGAGAUUGAUAUUUUGGAAGGCGUCAACAAGCAAAAGGUGAAUGCACUUGCCCUUCACACUGGUAAUACGUGUACUAUGGCAGGCGCUAAACAGAUCAUGAAAGGCCUCAAAUCACAAUAUCCCAACUGUUAUGCUUAUGAUCCUGAGCAACCUCCGAACAAUGGCUGCAGCAUAAGUGAUACAAGCACAAGUUCGUACGGUGCUGGUUUCAAUAAGAACAAAGGUGGUGUCUAUGCCAUGCUCUGGGAUAUAAAAAAAGGCUUUCAAGUCUGGUUUUUCCCUCGUGCUUCUAUUCCUAAAGACAUUCGUUCCGGGAAAGCACUUAAUCCCGCCAAAUGGGGUACACCCGUCGCUCAUUUCCCUUUUUGUACUCAAUGUAAGGCUACUUCUUUCAAAGACAUGAAGAUCAUUAUCAACUUGACGUUUUGUGGUGAUUGGGCAGGCAAUGCUUACAUUAGUUCCGGUUGUCCUUCUACUUGUGUUGAUCAUGUCAAGAACACACCUGGUGCUUUUGAUGAAGCCUACUGGGAUAUAAACUAUCUUCGUGUGUAUCAGUAA